AAUGUUGGACUUUAUUUGUCUCUUUUUCAAAAAUAAAGUAAUUCGGUGUAUGUCAUAGCGUUGUUUGACUAAGUUUUUCACUGAUAUAUACUUCCCGGUAAGUGAGAAGUGAAAGUGUGGGGUGCGGCAGCCGUCCCGGGGCCGAGACGCGCCAGCCAGUGAGUCACUCUGAGUUCGUGGCUGCGAAGUGUCAACAGUUGCACCACCAUGGCUCCCUCGGCGGCCGCGGGGCUGCUGGCCUUACUGAGCCUCGUCGCCUUAACUCACGGGUCAUCCGCCAGCCGGAAGAGGCCCAGCGUUGGUGCUAUAAAUGUAGACGGUGUUGACCUGAGCCACUACUACCACCAUGACGAGGUGGCGCAGCUGGCCGAGAGGCUGAGCAGCCAGCACCCGAGCCUGGUCCAGGGGUACAGUGUGGGCAGGUCCGUGCAAGGGCGGGAGCUGCUCGUCAUGAAGAUCAGCGAAAACGUGGCCCAGAGAGACCUGUGUGAGCCCAUGGUGAAGUACGUGGCCAACAUGCACGGGGACGAGGCCGUGGGGCGGGCCUUAGUGGUGGCCUUGGCGCAGCACCUGGUGUUCGCCUAUAACAAGGGUGACCCCAGGGUGGUGCGUCUCCUCAACACCACGGAGAUACACCUCAUGCCCUCCAUGAACCCUGACGGCUUCGAGAUGGCGAGGGAGGGCACCUGUGAUGGGACUGUUCAGUCAGGUAGAGAGAAUGCACAUGAUGUUGACCUCAACAGAAACUUUCCAUCACAGUGGAGAGAUUUGAGUGAAGAAUACCUUUACUCUAAUCGUGAGCCUGAGACAUUGGCAGUCAUGGCGUGGAUCAUUAACAACCCAUUUGUUCUCUCUGGUAACCUUCAUGGAGGCUCUGUAGUUGCCAGCUACCCUUUUGAUGACACCAGUUUUCAUGCAGACUGUUGUGUCGAAAGCAAAUCUCCUGAUGAUGAACUUUUCCAUUACUUAGCAACUGUUUAUGCUUCCAAGCAUCGCACCAUGCACACAGGGACUGUGUGUAAUGAUGGUAACUUCACAGGGGGAGUUACUAAUGGGGCUUACUGGUAUGAUGUUGAUGGAGGUAUGCAGGACUUCAACUAUGUGUUUGGGUCUUGUUCUGAGGUAACUUUUGAGUUAUCAUGCUGCAAGUACCCCAGGGCUUCCACCAUCCCAGAGGAAUGGGACAAUAACAAGGAGUCACUCAUGGCUUACAUGGAGCAGGUACACAUGGGAGCUAAAGGUAUUGUUGAAGAUGCUGCCACAGGUGAAGGGCUGAAGGGCAUUUAUGUCAGUGUCGAGGAGCUGAACUAUAACGUUACAACCUCAGACAGAGGAGAGUAUUGGAGGCUACUCAUGCCUGGGAACUACACCCUUGUAGCUAAAGGCUAUGGUUAUGAGACAGUGAAGCAGAGGAUCAGUGUUGCCAAAGGUGUUGUGUCUCGUGUUGACCUCAAGAUGAAACGAACGGUCUCAGGGAAUGCUGAACAGCCAACAGGUGCCUUAAAUAGGAAGUCUCGUUCCGUGAGUGGUCCGCUGUCAACUCUGAUGGCUAGUCCUGAUCCCUCAUUGCUAGCCACUCUCAAAAAUACAUCUUGGUUAAGUGACUCUUCAUCAAGUGUAAGCCUUUUGAGGGUUAAUUCUUCAAAAACUACAAAGUCACUCAUAUCAGAAACACCGCCAGUCACUACAAGCACUGCUACAGAAGCCACAACACUACAAGAAACAGAAUCCCUCGGAGAAGUGACCAGUGCUGUUGCAGCAGACACUAUCACUGUAGUGGACACCACAACCACCACCACUACCACCACCACUACCACCACCACCACACCCCCACCACCACGUCGACCUGAAGAGGAAGGGUUUCUCACUCCCCCAGAGUUCAGGUACCACCACUAUCCUGACCUUGAAGCUUUCAUGAAGAAGCUGUCCCAGAACUAUCCAGACCUUACCCGCCUCUACUCGAUUGGAUCAAGUGUACAGGGCCGGGAACUGUAUGUUCUGGAGAUCUCAGAUAAUCCUGGGACCCACGAACCAGGAGAGCCAGAAUUCAAAUACAUUGGAAACAUGCAUGGGAAUGAGGUGAUUAGCCGUGAGGUGCUCCUUCUUCUGAUGCAGUAUUUGCUAGAAGGUUUUGGCAAGAACUCACGGAUUACCACCCUCAUUAACACUACAAGGAUACAUAUCAUGCCUACCAUGAACCCUGAUGGCUUUGAAGUCUCCAUUGAAGGAACUUGUGGUGGAUUGAUUGGUAGAAAUAAUGCCAAAGGAGUGGAUCUUAACCGAGACUUUCCCGAUCAGUUCAUUCCUAAUAAGGAAGGUUACAAGAGACAGCCUGAGACUUUGGCUGUAAUGAAGUGGAUCAAACAGUAUCCCUUUGUGCUCUCUGCCAACUUGCAUGGUGGCUCUCUGGUUGCCAACUAUCCAUGGGAUGAUAACCCCCAGAACAUCGAUGGAAAGUACAGUAUGAGCCCAGAUGAUGAAGUUUUCAAGAAAUUGGCUAAAGCAUAUUCCUUUGCUCAUCCGUUUAUGCCUAAGGGAAGAUCAUGCCAGCAUGAUGUGUUCAAUGAUGGAAUAACCAAUGGUGCCAGCUGGUACAGUGUAUCAGGAGGCAUGCAGGAUUGGAACUACUUACAUUCAAAUUGUUUCGAGAUUACUGUUGAAGUGGCAUGUUGCAAAUACCCUCCUGCACAUGCAUUACCAGAGUUUUGGAUGGAAAACAAAAACUCCCUUCUGUCAUACAUGGAGCAGGUACACACUGGAGUGACAGGCUUUAUAAUGGAUGUCAAUAGCCGCCCAAUCAACAACGCAACAAUCAACAUUGCUGGCAUUAAUCAUGAUGUCACCUCUGCCACUGAUGGUGAUUACUGGAGGCUGCUUGUGCCCGGGAAACAUUUCAUGACAGUCCAUGCUGAAGGGUACGAAGCCCAGAGUCGCCUUGUGGAGGUGCCACGUCUUUGGGCUGCCAAAGAAAAUUUCACACUCAGGACUGACAAUUCCUCCACGUGGUCACAGCAAGAGGACUUUGAUUUAGCUGAAAAUCUUGGGGAAAGAUACCUCAAUAACUCUGAAGUAAAUAUAUCUAUGGCAGAGAUUGAGAACCAACACCCAGAUAUUGCAGAAUUUCUGGCCAAUGAUAACGAAUGGAGCAUGAAGCUGCAUGCCCUUCAGAUGGGCACAGUGGUGGAGGCUGGUGUGGAUACUCGUGUCCGUGUGAUGGUGGUUGGCGGCCUGUAUGGGUCACAGCCGGUUGGACGGGAGCUGGUGUUGCGUCUUGCUCGUCAUCUGGCCUCUGGGUGGGCUAAAAAGGACAGAGAAAUCCAAAAAUUGCUCCAGAACACCAAGAUAUUCCUGGUACCUGCUGUUGACACUGAUGGUUUUGACAGAGCUGAGCCAGGAAUGUGUGGCUACAGCAAACCAAAAGAACUUCAGAGUGAAGUAGGUGGUGCCUUUACUCCAGAAGUUAGUAACAUCUAUGCUGAUGCCAUGAUGAAGAUGAUCAGUCAAGUGCAGCCUCAUGCCAUCUUGUCUCUUGAGUCUGGAGGAAUAUUUAUGAGGUUCCCCCAUGAUGAUCCAUCAGCAAAUCCGUCCACCACACCAGAUGAGGCCAUAUUCCAGUUUUUGACCGAGUCCUAUGCUCAGACUCACCCCACCAUGCUGCAGAGUGAAAACCCUUGCCAUGCCCUGAACUCAAAGGCUCCCUCUGGAAUAAUUCAUGGUCAAGCUCUUGGGGUGUACAAAAACUCCCUCCUGGAAUACACUUAUGUUAACAUGCCAGGUGUUCUCACGGUUGCCGCACAUGUGAGCUGCUGUAAUUAUCCCCCAGGGUGGGCUUUAAAAAGUCUGUGGCAGCAAAAUAAAGAUUCCCUUCUCUCCUUCAUUCAUGCUGCACACCAAGGAGUUGCAGGCCAGAUUGUGGAUGAGAAGGGCUCUCCCAUUGUCUCCGCCUCUGUGAUGUUGGAUGGGCAGAAGCUUGAGCUGGGAAGCCAAGGCACUUUUAGGAAACUUCUUCCUACAGGAUCCCACACUCUUAAGAUAUCAACCCUUGACCUGGAAAACAAAACUGUGAAGUUUGUUGUUGAGGCACACAAGGAAUCACCACAAAGCCUGACUCUAGACUCUUUACAAGACCCAGAUGUUGUAUAUCGGUCAUAUUAUGCCACAGAGGACCAUCUGUUGAAGCUGCAGUCAAACUUCUCACAUAUAUCAAAGACUUACAGCAUUGGUCGUAGUGUCCAGAACAAGCAGAUCAUUGCACUAGAGAUUGAUGUUGAAAUGGGUAAGAAAAGCAUCACCAGACCUUCUGUUGCCAUUGUGGGAGGUCUUGGGAAGAGUGACAGAGCUUCAAAAGAAAUUGUCCUAAAGUUUGCCCAGUACUUGUUGUCUCAUUUUGGCAAGGAUGCCACAGUGGACAGAAUCCUUCAUGGUGUCCGUGUCCAUCUUGUGCCAACACUCAAUCCUGACAGCACUGCUGAAGUUCCCUCAGUCAAGACCAAAUGUGACUCCGAGAUUAAUACCAAAAAUGCCAACGGAAUAGAACUGGACUCCAGCUUCACAGAAAGAGAUCCAAAAAAACCUGAGUCAGACCCACCUGAGGUGGCUGCUGUUCGUACUUGGGCUGACGAGCACAAGUUCAGCUUGGCACUGGUGCUGCGGGGAGGUGGUCAGGGAGUGGCAGUACCCUACUCCUCACCACUACAGCCUUUGCUCCCUCCAGUUGAUGCUGAGGUUUUCCAGAUGCUUGGAGCCACAUAUGCUAAAGCAGUAAAGUUUCCUGAAGAAGUUGCAGAAUGUGGAAAUAUCACUCUUGUCAAUGGAACAGUUAAGGAUGGUUUAAUAAAACCACACACCGGAAGUAUGAUAGAUUAUUUAUACAAGUACACAGAUACUUUGGCUUUCAAUGUGUACUUUGGGUGUUGUAGUUCCCUUGACCCCAAGGCUCUUAGUCGGCUGUGGAGGAAGCAUAAGCCAGGGCUCCUAGAAUUCCUCAACAUGCCAUCAUUGGGUGUCAAAGGCUAUGUCACUGAUUUGUCUGGUGUUCCACUGAUGGGGGCUAGAGUUCACGUCAAGGACUCACCACAUGUUGUGACAUCCGUAAAGCACGGAGCCUGGUGGAGGCCACUUCCAUCCAGGCCUCAUGUGAUUAUGGUCGACAUGCAGGGUUAUUACAGUGAUACAAAGCUGGUGCAGGUGGUGCAUGGGAACACUGUCAUGUUUGAACUCAAAAAGGAUGACAGAGUGCUCUCUUUGCCGAGGAUGGUAUUCGUGCUCCUUGCAGGUUCUGUGACACUCUUGCUGAUGGUUUGCUGUAUAUGCGCUGUGUCACUUCGCUCUCAGACUCAACGCAAGAAGAAGUAUGGGUUCCAACAGUUAGGCCAUUCUGUUGACAUAUUUAAUGAUUCUCCAUCAGAUUCAGAUGAAGAAUUGGAUGUAAAAUUCUUGAGGCAGAGCACAAGACCAAAGAUAAAGAAGAAGCGUGUAAACAGGCAUUCAUACCACGACUUGGUGUCCAGCUCCUCUGAGGAAGAAGAAUUUUUCAUAGAGAGUGUGGUAUCCAGCAAAAAAGCAGCACGGUGAUUUUUCCACCAUACUGGAAGCUCUUCAUCUUAAUUCUUAUUCUCUCAAUUAGAUUUUAAUGUUUUUAUUGUUAACUGUUGCAUUUCUAUAAAGAUCACAGUUCUCUUUUAGGUCACUUUGCAGUUAACAUUUCUUUUGCCAUAAUUAGUUAAAUUAAUAACAAAUUCAGACUUAUUAUUUGUAUGGUUGAUUUUAAGAAUUUUGUUUCUAUGUAUUGUCAGACAUUUUACAAUUUAUACAGUUUUGGCAGUGAUAAAUUUUCUCUUCCAGAGAGUGAUCCUUUUGUAGCAGGAUUUUCUUGGAUGCAACAGUGUUUGGCAAUUCAAAUUCUUAUUUUCCUCUUAAUGCUAUUGCACAAAAGAAUAGAAAAUAGGAGAUAACAAUGCUCAUGGUAUAAGGUAAAACUGAAAAGUACUUUGACUGCAGCUGUAAUUUGCAGCAUAUUGAAUUUAUUGCAAUAGUAACUAAUCUCUUGUCAUUAUUUAUCUAUCUAUCUGUCUAUCUAUAUCUAUCUUUCUAAAUAUAUAUAUAUAUAUAUAUAUAUAUAUAUAUAUAUAUAUAUAUAUAUAUAUAUAUAUAUAUAUCUAUAUAUAUAUAUAUAUAUAUAACUCAAUGAUGCAGUUUUUCAUGGCUUCCAAAUUGGUGUCAUCCUAUAAGGUAAACUUUUGGUUUGGAACAGUGUAAAGUGAUAUAGAAAAUGGAGGUCAGAAGAACAAGGAGGGUAGCAUGCCUGUGGAACUAUAAUCUUGUAUAUUAAAAGUAAACAGUGCUGUUAGGGUUGAGACACCUAUAAUUAGACAGUCACAUCCCUGGUCAACUAUAGUGCAUAUAUGGAAAUAUCAGCACUCAAUCAGGGGUAUUCAUCAGAAGUCCUUGUAUUAUCAAAGUUCAAGGAAUCAGUGAAAUGCCUAUACAGGAAUUAGCAGUUCUUCCACAAGAAAGUCACUACAGCAUUUCCAAUCAAGCUUGGAUUUUUUUGUGGGACAACUUGUAUAUUUUCCUGACCCAGCACUGAAUGUCUUCCUGAUUAUGAAACCAGGAGUUAUUCUAAAAGCUGUAUGGAUGUAUGAGGUUGAAGUCACAAAAUGCAACAUUAUACAGCAGUCUUCCAUAGCAUGGGGCUCCUGAGGUGCUAAUUAGACAGAGUCUAGCAUAAGACUUACAGAUGGUCUGAUUCAAAGGGGCUUCAUCCUUCAUUGCAAUAAGUUUAAUGUGGUACAAAUUACUUCUGAUAUUUGGAGUUUCAGUUAUACCAGGCUCCAUGUAAAAUGUCCUGCUUGAGAAUGUCUUCCUUGUGGUAACCAGCUACUUAGGUGGAGGAUGUUGGACAAGUGUUGUUGUAUCUUGUUCUUGGUGAUAGGUACAAAAGAAAGGAACUAUAAGUGAGGAAUAAGUGUUAGUGUUGUGAGACAAGAGUUUAAGAUUAGGGUGUGAUAAGAUGCAUAUGCUUGAUUCCAUCUAAUCUGCUAUUCCAAUCCUGUGUGUUAAAAGUUCAUUCCAAUAAGAAUAACAAUGCCAUGGACACUUAUUUUCAUCUUUAGUGGCUGAGAUGACAGUCAGUAUGGUGUUGGAAUCCUUCAUUCACUGUAGAGUUAUAAGGAUGCUUUCCUACAACUUUUAUUCAAUGAGAUUCAUUCCAAAAUGAUAAAAUAUACAAACUGCAACUUUGGCUCUCUGUAGGCAGUAAAUUUCCAGGUCAAAGAUUAUAAACUAUAUGUUACAGACUCCAUCGUGAUUAAAUGAGCAACUUUUCUUCAAUAAUUUUUUUUGUAUGUCGCACCAGUAAAAAGUUGGAAUUUUGGGGGAAUCCUGGAAUUCCAGCCAAAUGCGACAACCUAGAAAGUAACGGAUUUCACAGCAGGGUGUGCCAGAAAAUAUUCUGUCAAAACACCCUUUAUGACAUUUUCUCAGUUUCAAAGUUAAUUUUCCGCUGACUUUUGCAUUCAGGGGGAUCUCCCGAGAAAAACUUUUGCGGUCAAAGGGGGUUAAUUCAUCUUAUGUUCUAGUAUGAAUAUAAAUGCUCACAAAGUAAGGAUGGGAAUUUUGUCAAAAAUUCAUAUAUAGGCGCAUUAGAUUUUUUCAAUAGUAUUUAAAGGACGAAGAAUAUUAUGUCCAUUGGAUACAGUAGCUAGGUUGCUCAGUUAUGAACACCCAUCACCUCUGAACCCAUUACUCAGCUGUCAACAUUCUGCCUGUUGUCUGUUAAACACACCAGUCACUUUUCUAAUUGAUUUGACCAACAUUGUCAUCUUUACUACUUACCUGUAACUCACUCCUAGCAUGACAAUAAAUUAUUACUCCCCAGA